CUGACUGGCUGCAGCUUCUAAUGCGCAUUGUGAGAAGCUCAUGGGGAGGAGCCAGUACACCUGUGCAAGCAUGAAGGGGAGGAGGCGGUACAUCUGUACAAGACUGAAGGGAAGGAGCCGGUACACCUGCGCAAGCCUGAAGGGGAGGAGACAGUACACCUGUGCAAGCCUGAAGGGGAGGAGCCGGUACACCCGUACAAGACUGAAGGGGAGGAGCCGGUACACCUGUACAAGACUGAAGGGGAGGAGCCGGUACACCUGUGCAAGACUGAAGGGGAGGAGCCAGUACACCUGUGCAAGACUGGAGGGGAAGAGCCGGUACACCUGUGCAAGACUGAAGGGGAGGAACCGGUACACCUGUGCAAGACAGAAGGGGGAGGAGUCGGUACACCUGUGCAAGACUGGAGGAUAGGAGCCUGUACACCUGUGCACGACUGAAGGGGAGGAGCCGGUACACCUGUGCAAGCCUGAAGGGGAGGAGCCGCUACACCUGUGCAAGACU